AAUGGGAAGUGCAUUAGAUACAUUCUGUGGGCAAUCUUAUGGGGCUAAACAGUACCAUAUGCUUGGUAUUCACAAGCAGAGGGCCAUGCUUGUUCUCCUACUUGUAAGCAUUCCACUUGCUUGCAUUUGGGCAAAUGCAGGGCAUAUUCUUGUUUUCUUGGGACAAGAUCCUGAAAUAUCAGCAGAGGCAGGUUCUUAUGCUCGGUUCAUGAUUCCCAGCAUUUUUGCUUACGCACUCCUUCAAUGCCAUGUUCGAUUCCUACAAACUCAAAACAACGUCUUUCCAAUGAUGUUGAGCUCAGGAUUUACCACGUUACUACACGUACUCAUUUGUUGGAUUCUAGUCUUUAAAUCUGGACUUGGAAAUAAAGGCGCUGCGUUGGCUAAUGCUAUAUCUUAUUGGAUCAAUGUGAUCUUACUCGCCAUUUAUGUCAGGGUAUCUCCUUCCUGCAAGAACACUUGGACAGGAUUUUCCAAGGACGCAUUGCACGAUAUUCCUAAUUUUCUUCGACUUGCAAUUCCUUUCGCUCUUAUGGUCUGCUUGGAAAUUUGGUCAUUUGAAAUGAUGGUUCUCUUGUCUGGUCUCCUUCCUAAUCCAAAGUUAGAAACAUCUGUUCUUUCAAUCAGCCUCAAUUCGCAUUCCAUGGUUUACAUGAUACCCCUCGGAUUCAGCGGUGCCACAAGCAUAAGAGUUUCCAAUGAAUUGGGGGCUGGCCGACCACAAGCUGCCCGUUUAGCAAUAUGCAUUGCCCUAAGCUUGGUUGUUACAGAAGGCAUUUUGGUAGCAACUAUAAUGAUUCUGGGGCGUAAAUUUUGGGGAUAUUGUUACAGUACAGAAGAAAUGGUAGUGCGAUAUGUGGCAGAGAUGAUGAUAUUACUCUCAGGAUCCCACUUUGUGGACGGUAUUCAAUCGGUGCUUUCAGGAAUUGCAAGAGGAUGUGGUUGGCAAAAGAUUGGUGCUUUUGCUAAUUUGGGUGCUUAUUAUCUUAUUGGUAUACCUGUUGGCGUAUUGCUUGCAUUUGUCUACCACAUUGGAGGGAAGGGACUUUGGGUGGGGAUUAUUGUGGCAUUAUUUGCUCAAGCAUUAUUUCUUUCGAUUAUAACUUUGUGCACUAAUUGGGAGAAAGAAGCAAACAAGGCUAGUGACAGAGUAUAUGGCCCAAUGAUACCUGUAGAAGCAUCUCUAAUAAAUUGAAUUCUAUGAGAAAGGAAUACAUAGAGCAUCCAGAAGCAGAUGCAGAGUAUUGAAUGUCACAGUGCCGAAAAAUUCAAAGAACAUUCGAGCCAUGUAUGAAAUAGCUAACAAAAAAACUAAAAAUAAAAACAGGAUCAUUUUGGAGGAGACACCGCAUGAGAUUCAUAUGAUGAUGAUGAUGAUGAUGAUGAUGAAUGGUUAUGUCCAACCUUGUGUGGAUGUCUCAACAAAUGUUUUGCUAAUGCAAUUAUUUAAACCUUUUUUAUUUGUUUUAAAAUCUUUAAUAUAACUGGGUGUCCGAGUAAUUAUUUAAA